AUGCUCGAGAAGUCGCUAAAUGUAAAGUCGGAUGUUGUUAUAUACGACCUCGAGGAUAGCGUGCCACCAUCCCCCGCGGAUAAGGACGGUGCGCGUCGUAGAUUGAAGCAGUUUCUCCAGAGAGCAGACCUUCCUGAGCCUUCUAGAGUCGCUGUGCGUAUCAACGACCUGAGCACACCUUUCUUUGCGGAGGACGUCGCUGAAAUAUUGGCGAGCUCUGCGAUCCAAACUCUAGUUCUUCCAAAAAUUCAUUCGGCUCAGGAUCUGCACCAUGUGUCGAGGGCCCUCGUCACGACAAGUCUUGAGCGCAAGUCCCCUCUUAAGAUUAUUCCCAGCAUAGAGAGUGCGAGAGCCCUUUGGAACAUUGGCUCUAUCGCCUCAUGGGAGUCCGAGUACUCGGUCGCUCGGAGCGGCAUUGUUAGUGCAUUGCUGUUUGCUGCCGAAGACUAUUGUGCUGACACCUCGAUCCUCCGUUCCCGGUCUCGGCGUGAGCUCCUUUAUACGCGCUCGCAGAUUGUCAUCGCUGCUCGAGCGUUCGGACUGGAGGCCAUAGAUAUGGUAUGCGUCAAUUAUAAGGACCUAGAUUACUUGAGGGAAGAGUGCGAAGACGGAAGAGCUUUGGGCUUUACAGGAAAGCAAGCUAUCCAUCCAACGCAAGUAGAUGUCAUACAGUCAACAUUCGUCCCAACAUCGCACGAGAUUUUGCGGGCAGCUAAGAUAGUCCACGCGAUGAAAGCAGCGCAUGCCUCGCAGCAGGGUGCUGUGGGCCUGGAAGGAGAGAUGAUCGAUGCACCAAUGAUCAAACAGGCAGAGCAGACGCUCCGAAUAGCCGCAGCCGCAGGCUUGGAGAUACCUACUGUUACCACGGAUUAA